CCAGCCAGCCAGAGGUUUAUGGGGACAGACGGAGGCGCCUCAGCCGCCUUCUCUCUCUCUCUCUCCGGCGGCAGCCCGAGCCUCUGCAGCGCCGCCUUUUUCCUCAGCAGAAAGGAAAACACACACAACACGCACACGCCCCACACGCUCGCUUAGUUGCAACCGGUUUGUACCGGCCGCCGGCUCUGGCUGCCUCCACACGGCAGCGCCUCCCCGCCGGAGGAUGAAAGGAGCCCGGGAGGGCGGCGGGGGAGAAAGAGAGCUCGGCGCUGGAAGGCGGCCCGCGCGCCCACCGGCCGGCCGGCUAGCUGCCUCCCUCUCUCCCUCCAGCAGCCUCGCACUGCCCUCGGCCUGAGGGCGCAAAUAAAUAGAGGGCCGCCCCCCGCCCUGGGGGUGGGUGGGAUCCCUGUCGCCGCAGAGCGAGCCUUCCUUGCUUGCCACCCCCCCCCCCGGGACGGCGGCAGUAAUGCUAUGGCAGGGCAGCGAAAGCUUCAUUUCCUGGUUGUCUGCACCGGGGGAUUCUAGCCAGCUUUCGUGAGUUGUGGAUUAAGUAAGAAGGAAGGAUUGGAAACAUCAGGAAGCAGAUAUGCCAGACACUUAAGGUUGCAUUGCUAAAGUUAGCUGACUUGCUGUGACCGCUUCUGGUUGAAUUGCCAAAUACACCAAAAACAACAUGUUCUAGAAGACUGAAUGACAAGAUUCUAUUCUAGCUGCUUCUGACCCUUGAAUUUAUCCUGGAAAAUGGUGUUCCAGAAGUCACCAGAUGGUGGAUGGGGCUGGAUGAUUGUACUGGUGUCCUUCUUUACCCAGUUCUUGUGCUAUGGAUCUCCAUUAGCUGUUGGAGUUCUCUAUCUAGAAUGGCUGGAUCUAUUUGGAGAAGGAAAAGGAAAGACUGCAUGGGUUGGCUCCCUUGCAAGUGGAGUUGGACUACUUGCAAGUCCUAUUUGCAGUUCAUGUGUAUCUGCUUUUGGAGCAAGACCUGUAACAAUCUUCAGUGGCUUUAUGGUUGCUGGGGGUUUGAUGAUGAGCAGCGUCGCACCCAAUAUCUACUUCCUGUUUUUUUCCUAUGGAAUUGUUGUUGGACUCGGGUGUGGCUUAUUGUACACAGCAACAGUAACCAUCACAUGUCAGUAUUUUGAAAAACGCAGAGGCCUUGCACUUGGUCUAAUUUCAACAGGAUCAAGCGUUGGGGUUUUUAUAUAUGCAGCAUUACAGAGGGAGCUAAUUGAACUGUAUGGAUUAGAUGGGUGUCUGCUUAUUGUUGGUGCAUUGUCUCUAAAUAUAUUAGCGUGUGGGAGUCUGAUGAGACCUUUGCAGUCGUGUGGCUCUGCCUUACCAGAGAAGCCAAUCCUCGAGAAGGUUCCAGAUCAAUACCUCAUUUAUAAUGAAAGAGAAAAGAACACUUAUGAAGAAAAUGUACUUGAAAAAGCCAGCAGUGAAGAAAAAGGUGUGAACCAAACAUCCUGUGGUGACUGCAAGCAGGAGUCAGCAAUAACUAAGAACAAUCUAUUAAUGAUAACACCACACGAGAGAGAGACUUACAGACGGAAAGUUGUAGAACGGACCUAUUUCUGUAAACAGCUUGCCAAGAAAAAAUGGCAGUUAUAUUUAGACUACUGGGGGGAAACGCUGGGACUUUUUAAAAACAAAGUAUUUUCAUCACUUUUUAUUGCCAUCUUCUUCUUUGACAUUGGCGGCUUUCCUCCUUCAUUGCUCAUGGAAGACAUUGCAAGAAGUUCCAAUAUUGGUGAAGAUGACACUGUCAUUCCUCUCAUUUCUGUCAUAGGCAUCAUGACUGCCAUUGGGAAACUUGUUCUAGGAAUACUGGCAGAUUUUGAAUGGAUUAAUACCCUAUAUCUAUAUGUCCUGACUUUGAUAUUGACUUCGGUGGCACUAGUAUUGAUUCCGUUUGCCCAAAAUUACAUCACACUGGCAAUACUUUCAGGGGUUUUGGGUUUUCUGACAGGCAACUGGUCCAUUUUUCCAUAUGUUACAACAAAGACUGUAGGAAUCGAAAAAUUAACACAUGCAUAUGGCAUACUGAUGUUCUUUGCUGGACUUGGAAACAGUCUUGGACCACCAAUUGUAGGUUGGUUUUAUGACUGGACAAAGUCUUACGACAUAGCAUUCUACUUCAGCGGACUUUGUGUUCUGUUUGGAGGGCUGCUUCUGUUGGUGGCAGCGCUGCCAUGUUGGAACACCAGGAACGGUAGCAAUAAGCUGAAAAAGCCACUUCCAAAUAUUUACUCCUACAAAGUUGCUUCCAGUGUGUAGGUGACAAGUGCGGAACAGUUGCUCCUCUUUGUAUACUGCACAGCAAGAUAUUUUUAGUAAUUUCCUCACUUAUUUAUGAGGCCAAAAACACACACAAAAAUACAUUUUUAUACUACUUUGAAAUGCUUUUAGCCAGAGCCUCUCACCUGUACCCAUUGCUGGGUGUGGCAGAUGAAGCUCCGUUUUAGCACAAGGGGCCUUUUGCUGUUGACAGCGGUGCUGGAAACCGUAGUAGUGGAUGGGGCUAUUGUGCUCAUAUCCUGCUUGCGGGGUUCCCGUAGGCAUCUGAUGGACCGCUGUGAGAACAGAAUUAAAUGGGCUCCUGGCCUGAUCCAGUAGGUUCUUACAUUCUUCACAAUCGGAAAGCCCUGCUUGUGCCUAUACAGCUGCACUACAGCCUAAGGGCAUUAAUUUGUUUCCUUGAGCUCUAAUGUACACAUCGAGCUCCUGUUGCAAGGGCUUGAUGUUCCUUGAGCUCUAAUGUACACGUCGAGCUCCUGUUGCAAGGGCUUGUUCACACACAGAUCCUUUGUGUAUACAUGAAAGUGCACAAAGGUAUCUGAUACGCAGCCAGCAAUGUUCUCCUGUGACUUCCUUUUUCUGAUACGUAGUAUAUACUACAGUUUCACAAGUUAAAUAUUUUUCCAAUGGAUCAAAAUGUAUUUUGAACCGACUCUUGCUUUUGCUUGUCUUUGACAAAAGACGGCACAUUGCUUCUCUCUUCAGAAAUCUCGAUAACUAUGUAGUGAAAGACCUUUAAGACAAUCGGACCAUUAUCACCAUGAAUGUAAUAUGAAUUUGAAGUGCUUGCUUCUUUGGUAAGGUAAAUGCUUUCUGUUAUACAAUCUCAUGUGUUGCCACAAGCAGGAUUUGGGUCACAUUACUUGUGAAGUGAACAGUAUGGCAUGAAUUGCACUUCUAAAUGCCACUGAAGAUGCUGCUGUCCAAAUAUUUCACAUUUCACUUCUCCAGAAAAUGUGUUAAACCAAAAUCUGUGAAACCAAGGAAUAAAUAUAAGUUCUGAAACAA